AUGAAAGCUAAGUGGGCAAAAAUUCCCUGCUUUUACAUUAUUAAAGCUUCAAGGAAAUCAAUUGGAAUGACCGGGGCCACCACCGAAUUUGAGAACGAGGUCAAAAAACUUAAUGAUUACAUCAGAAUCCCAGGUUACAGACGCUCUUUACCUUCUAGAAGGUGGGAUCCAAUACUGGCAAUUACAGGGUUUCAUCAUUAUCUCGAUGCAAAAAGAUUUCAAAUUCACGUUGAUAAUUCAUUCAGAGUGGAUAAUAUUUCUAAAGAUUUUUAUAAAGUUAAACAUCUUAAAGAAAAUUUAUUAAUAAGACCCUGUAUAUUAAAAAGAAUUAUUUGUGCGAGAAAUGUAUUUAGGAGAUUUUUCACUGAAAACCUUCCAAAAGAAAAUCCAAAAAUUUUUAAACAAUGGAAAUUACACUGGUCGAAAGAAUUAAAUCAAGAUAUGGUUAAAGAGUUGGCUUUUGGUUGGGACAUUGAAGAUUUUAAAAAUGAUAUAGUGCUAAGUGGUGACAAUAAUAUCAUAGAUAGACCUAAAAAGAAUUAUUCCAUUGAACAUAUUAAAUUAGAAUUUGAUGAUUUUUUACCUUGGAGGGAAAUUUUAGAUGAAUGGAGAAUAUUGAAAGAAGAAAGAAAAACUUUGGGACUAGAUGACAAGGAUAAAUGUCAACCAAGUACAAUUGAUCAAAAAAAAAAUAAAAAGUAA